AGCCAGACAGACAUAUCCCCACCUCGCUCCCGCCUCCUGUUCCAGCAUCCACGGCCCUCCCUCCCUCCCUCUCUCUCUCUUCUCCAUCCAGUUACUGUACAACUAGUAUACACACACGCACACACAACCAGCAUCCUUGCUGCUGCUGCUGCAGCUGCCAUGGCUAGCAGCUCACACCGCACACUCAGCUAGAGAAACCGAGAGGGGAAUCCGGCACCCUCCCUUCCCUCCUUUCCCCAUUCCUCACCCCCUUUCAUCCUCCCCUCUCUCUCUCUCUACCUAUUCAGGCGGCCGGGAAGAGCAGCAGCAGCAGCAGCACCUCCCACCCACCUACCCACCCACCCCUCUGAGCCUUCCCCCCCUCCCCCUUUCCCCCACCUCAAGCUAAGGAAACUCCAAGGACACCCCAAGGCAAAAGAAGCGCCCACCCCUUUCCCCCCACGGCAAUGUCCAAGGGCUUGAAGAAGAAAAGCCACUGGACUAGCCGAGUCCAUGAGUGUGUCAUAGUGAGGAACCAGGAAGGCCAGCUGGGCUUUGAGCUCAAGGGGGGAGCCGAGAACGGGCAGUUCCCGUACCUGGGGGAGGUCAAGCCCGGCAAGGUGGUCUAUGAAAGCGGCGGCAAGUUGGUGCCCGAGGAGCUCCUCUUGGAGGUGAACGAGACCCCCGUGGCCGGGCUCACCAUCAGGGAUGUGCUGGCCGUGAUCAAGCACUGCAAGGACCCCAUCCGGCUCAAGUGUGUCAAGCAAGGUGGAAAGCCCAAGAUAGCUGCAUUCUUCCAGCCCUGGGGAAUCCCGAGCAGUGGAGGCAUUGUUGAUAAGGAUCUUCGUCACUACCUCAAUUUACGGUUCCAGAAGGGUUCUGUAGAUCACGAGCUCCAGCAGAUCAUCCGAGACAAUCUCUACCUCCGAACAGUGCCAUGCACUACAAGGCCUCAUAAGGAGGGGGAAGUCCCUGGUGUGGAUUAUAUUUUCAUCACUGUUGAAGAUUUUAUGGAACUGGAGAAAAGUGGUGCUCUUUUAGAAAGUGGAACGUAUGAAGACAACUACUACGGCACUCCAAAGCCUCCAGCAGAGCCAGCCCCAUUGCUGUUAAAUGUAACAGACCAGAUACUACCAGGUGCAACACCCAGCGCUGAAGGCAAACGCAAACGAAAUAAAUCAGUGAGCAAUAUGGAGAAAACAGGAAUAGAGCCGCCAGAAGAAGAGGAAGAAGAAAGGCCUAUAGUCAAUGGGAAUGGCAUGGCGAUAACACCAGAAUCAAGUGAACAUGAAGAGAAGAGUACAGGUGCCUCAGGUGAAACGUCCUCUCAGCCUUAUCCUGCACCGGUAUAUAGCCAGCCCGAAGAGGCAAAGGAUGAUAUGGAUGUAACAAAGCAUCCAAAACCUGACGAAAAUGAUGAAUUGGGCCCCUUGCCUGACAACUGGGAAAUGGCUUACACAGAGAAGGGUGAAGUCUAUUUUAUUGACCAUAACACAAAGACAACAUCAUGGCUGGAUCCACGACUUGCGAAAAAGGCUAAACCUCCCGAAGAGUGCAAAGAAAAUGAGCUACCAUAUGGCUGGGAGAAAAUUGAUGAUCCCAUUUAUGGCACUUAUUAUGUUGACCACAUAAAUAGGAGGACACAAUUUGAAAAUCCUGUUUUGGAAGCAAAAAGGAAGCUACAACAGCAUACCAUGCCCAACGCAGAACUUGGAACAAAGCCUAUGCCGGCCCCAGGUUUUCGAGUAGAAAGCUCCUCAUCAACAUUACCUAGGCCCAAAUAUGUUCACCCGCGCCCUGCUCCUCAGAGGUCUCGCAGUGUGAGUGACCUGUCUCAGUGUCGGCGGGACAGUGCUGGAGUGUACAGGCUGUAUGAAAAACCGCUCUUCACUCGUGACGCCUCACAACUGAAGGGGAAUUUCCUUAGCACGACUCUUAAAAAAAGCAAUAUGGGCUUUGGAUUUACCAUCAUUGGCGGGGAUGAGCCUGAUGAGUUUCUCCAGGUGAAAAGUGUCAUUCCUGAUGGGCCUGCAGCACAGGAUGGCAAAAUGGAAACAGGUGAUGUCAUUGUCUAUAUUAAUGAAGUUUGUGUCCUUGGGCAUACUCACGCAGAUGUAGUCAAACUCUUCCAGUCUGUUCCCAUUGGUCAGAGUGUCAACCUGGUGCUAUGUCGUGGAUACCCUCUACCCUUUGAUCCUGAAGAUCCUGCCAACAGCUUGGUGCCACCACUUGCAGUCAUGGAGAGGCCUCCAGUAGUAGUAAAUGGAAGACAUAACUAUGAAACUUAUUUGGAAUACAUUUCUAGAACUUCUCAAUCUGUUCCAGAUGUAACAGAUCGGCCACCACAUUCCUUGCACUCCAUUCCAGCAGAUAGUCAGCUUGAUAGCACAUUCCCACCACCUAUUCAUGAUGAUAAUGUAUCAAUGGCUUCUUCUGGGGCCACGCAAGCUGAACUCAUGACCUUAACCAUUGUGAAAGGGGCCCAGGGCUUUGGCUUCACUAUAGCAGACAGUCCCACAGGACAGAGGGUGAAGCAAAUUCUAGACAUUCAGGGAUGCCCUGGUUUAUGUGAAGGUGACCUCAUUGUUGAGAUCAACCAGCAGAAUGUACAGAACCUGAGCCAUGCAGAAGUAGUGGAUAUACUUAAAGAAUGUCCAGUUGGAAGUGAGACUUCUUUGAUUAUCCAUAGAGGAGGAUUCUUUUCACCGUGGAAGACUCCAAAGCCUAUGAUGGAACGAUGGGAGAAUCAAGGCAGUCCUCAGACAAGUUUAUCUGCUCCAGCUAUACCACAGAAUAUUCCCUUCCCACCCACCCUUCACAGGAGCUCUUUUCCUGAUUCAACAGAGGCCUUUGACCCAAGAAAACCUGACCCAUAUGAGCUAUAUGAGAAAUCACGAGCUAUUUAUGAAAGUAGGCAGCAAGUGCCGCCCAGGACUGGUUUUCGAAUCGAUUCCUCUGGUCCAGAUUACAAAGAGUUGGAUGUUCAUCUUCGGAGAAUGGAAUCUGGUUUUGGCUUCAGAAUUCUUGGAGGAGAUGAACCUGGACAACCAAUUUUAAUUGGAGCUGUAAUUGCCAUGGGCUCAGCAGACAGAGAUGGCCGCCUACAUCCUGGUGAUGAAUUGGUCUAUGUAGAUGGAAUUCCAGUGGCUGGCAAAACCCACCGAUAUGUGAUUGAUCUCAUGCAUAAUGCAGCUCGAAAUGGGCAAGUGAAUCUAACUGUGAGAAGAAAGGUGCUACCCACAGACUCCUGGAGUCAGAAACAUUCUCUCCAACCUGGUACAACGCCCCCAAGCAGCUCCCCAAACCCUAGGAAAAUGGCCAGUAUCCAAGGAGAACCAUGUCCAGAGAAUGGAAGAAGUCCAGGCUCUGUGUCUACACACCACAGUUCUCCAAGAAGUGACUAUGCCUCAUAUGCUAACAGCAAUCAUGCUGGACCGAGUAGCAAUGCUACGCCUCCAGAGGGCUUUGCUUCACACAGCUUGCAAACCAGUGAUGUUGUCAUCCAUCGUAAGGAGAAUGAAGGGUUUGGCUUCGUCAUCAUUAGCUCUUUGAACAGGCCUGAAUCUGGAUCUACAAUAACUGUACCCCAUAAAAUUGGCCGGAUAAUUGAUGGAAGCCCUGCUGAUCGCUGUGCAAAGCUAAAAGUUGGAGACCGGAUCUUAGCUGUGAAUGGCCAGUCUAUUAUUAACAUGCCUCAUGCAGAUAUUGUGAAGCUAAUUAAAGAUGCUGGUCUUAGUGUAACUCUUCGCAUCAUUCCUCAGGAGGAGCUGAACAGCCCAGCUUCCGCACCCAGCUCAGAGAAACAGAGCCCUAUGGCACAGCAGCACAGCCCAAUGGCUCAACAAAGUCCAUUGUCACAGCAGAGUCCUGUAGCACAGCAGAGCCCUGUAGCACAGCCGGCACCUCCACAGCCACUCCAGUCUCAAGGGCAUGAAAACAGUUAUAGGUCAGAGGUAAAAGCAAGGCAGGAUGUGAAACCUGAUAUCCGGCAACCUCCAUUUACAGACUAUAGGCAGCCUUCAACGGAUUAUAGACAGCCUCCGUUAGACUACAGGCAUCCUCCUGUAUUGGAUUACCAGCAGCCACCACCUUUGGACUACAGGCAGCCCCCUUUGAUAGACUACAGGCAACAUUCUCCUGAUACCAGGCAAUAUCCCUUAUCGGAUUACAGACAGCCCCAGGAUUUUGAUUAUUUUACUGUUGACCUGGAGAAGGGAUCCAAAGGAUUUGGAUUCAGUAUUCGAGGAGGAAGAGAGUACAAAAUGGAUCUAUAUGUGUUGAGAUUGGCAGAAGAUGGACCAGCAAUAAGAAAUGGAAGAAUGAGGGUGGGAGAUCAAAUAAUUGAAAUUAAUGGGGAAAGCACAAGGGACAUGACCCAUGCCAGAGCAAUAGAGCUAAUCAAAUCUGGUGGAAGGAGAGUACGGCUCUUGUUGAAACGGGGAACUGGCCAGGUCCCUGAAUAUGACGAACCCAACUCCUGGAGUUCUCCCUCUGCCACCUCCCCAGGUCUGCCGGAAGUAGCUAUUUCCCUUGAUGACAUUGUCUCACCAUUCUCUUCAUCACAUCUAGCCCAACCGUCUGACCCUUCCCACCAGAUAAACCCAGAACCAACAUGGGAUAUCAAGAGGGAACAUGAUGUAAGAAAACCAAAGGAGCUUUCAGCAAAUGGCCACAAAAAGAAAAGGUUAGGUGAACAAAGAGAGAGGUCUGCAAGCCCUAAAAAGGCAGACAGGUCAAAGCAUGAAGAGGCUUCUAGGAAAGGCAGCUCAGAAGGCAAGAGUAAGACUGGCGAAACUGGCAGGCCAGUGUCGGAAAGCAAGGCAGUCGGACUGCAUGCAAUGGCCGAGGCCGGAGUAAGAGAUCAUGGGUGUGCUGGAACCAAUGAUGAACUGGCUGGGAAUUCCAAGUGGCUGGAAAGCAAAAGAGGAGGGGGUCUCAGUGUAAAAGAUCACAGUGCCACAGUUGCCACUGAGAAGAUAUUGGCUGCAGCUUCUGAACACGUCAAGCUUGAUUCCAUUGGUGCUACAAAGACGUACAGUAGCAACAGCUGCAGCCCUCAUGGAGGUGACAUGGACCACAGCCUGAAGGAAUCUGACAGGAAGCCCAGUGAGUUCCCACGGAAGGGAUAUCUCCACUCCAUCAACACACACAGCACCAACACGACAGCUCAGAAGGCAACUGUCUCACCAGGACCAUGGAAGAUUCCUGGUUCUGACAAACUACCAGGUGUACUAAAAUCUGGCACUUCUGCCAUGAGCAGAUAAAUUGGUGACUGUUGCCCUCUAACUGUUUCACAGUGACGCAGAACAUCUUUCUUAGAUUCUGUCUCACAUUGAUUUACUUUAAUUUAUUUUAGCUGUCACACACAUACAUGCAUACAUACACACACGCGCGCACACACAUGCACACUUAAAACAUUGAGAAUGGAAACAAUAAUGUGUAAUUCCAUGACAACGUGCAUAGCGUCUAAUAAGUUGAAGCAACAUAUAGUCACAUAGUAUUUAAAUGUGACCCUAAAGUCCCCAGUUUCAUUUCAGAGACUUUGGCAGCUAUGGAAGAAACCAAAAUAAUAUGAAGGACAGUUGACCACAAGGACAGUGCAGUGUAGCUUUAGUAUGUUGUUUUCCACUGCAUGAAGGACUUGGGACUUUCAUUCAAACUUUAUAUCAAGAAACUGGAAGAAGUUAGAGCAAUCACAGACUGGAACAUCGCCUUAAAUAAAAACUGCACGGAACAAGCUGAAAGUGGAAAUAGAAUCUUUUAUCUGAGUUAAAUGUUGUAAAUAAAUUGUUCUCAACAUAUCCAGACAGGGGUUUGAAGCAUUUGAAAUUGUACAUCCAUGACAUGUCUCCACUGUUAACACUUUGGAAUAGACAACCUGAUACCACUAAGCAUAAUUCAUUAUGCAAGGUAAGAAAUCCUAGUGGAUUAGCUGGUGCGAUAUCAUUUCUACUGCCAUUUUUGUGAACAAACCAUAUUUCUGUAUGUUAGGAAAAGAGUUAGGGUGGAAUUGUAUUUGCAAAUCUAGCCUCAAAAAGCAAUUGAUCACAGGUUACACACACACACACACACACACACACACACACACACACACACACACACACGAAUGACCAGGUACCACACAAAGCUUGUUGUGGUUAACAUGCAGUUGUCAGGCCACUAUGAUAUAAGAGGAUGAUACUUGACAGAAUAAAAGCUGCAGUUUCCUUUCAAAACAGCUUCUGUCUCCUGCAGGAAUGUCCAGGCUUCUUUUACUCAGGCUGCCCUUCAGAGCUAUUCUUCUAGAACACUUAAGAAUUCUAAGGAAGGUUCAUUUAAAAACAAAAAACAAAAAACCAACCCUUACUGUUUUCAUAAAGUAAUUUAGUCAUCAGGCAUCCAUUUUCCCCCUUCCCUGUCUGUAUUUAUGCAUCUCUUGCUUUUAAUUUUUAAAUCUUAAGUGCCAUGAGGACAUGUAAUUUCACACCGAUGAAAUACAGCUUCUCCAAUUAGCUCCAUUAAUUAUCUCAGUCAUAAUCCCUGAGACGUUUGCUAUUUCUUCAGCAAUAGCAUCAGCAAUCAAAAAUCCUACUUAAUAAUAAUAAUAAUAAUAAUAAUAAUAAUUUAAAACAUCACAAAUAUGAUUCCACUUGGGAAGAUAUCUUUCGCAAACCCUCAUGUGACCUGGAAGUACAUUGCUGAAUAGUUGAGCAAAAUCUAGUUGCUGUUUAAGAUCAGCGAUGUUUAGAUUUGGAGAAGAUGUGAGGAGGUGAUGCGAUGUUCGCUAUUCAUGUUUGGUGAGAGAGAUAGCCAUCUUGCUAGUGGCUCCAGACUAUUUAUUAAGGAGGAAUACUGGACUUUCAUUUUUCCUUCAGGAGAUAUGGAGACAUUGUUCUACCUAAGUAGCUGGAAAAACUAAAGAAAGGAUUUUUGCACCUUUGGAACAAAAUGCUCAUUUUAAGAAAUAGCCCCAUUAUAAUUUUUUAAGAAAGCACAACGAUAUGUAGCUGUUUAUAAAAAAAUAUAUAGUUUUUAAUUAAAAAAUUAUAUAUAUCUAUAUCUAUAUAUAUCUUUAUUCCCAACCCAAAUAUUUGGCAUAAUUUGCUGUUAAUUUAUUAAAUCUGGUUAUUGGACAGCAUUUCCCUCAUAUAAAUGGAAAUGCACAUCCAACUAUAUUAUUUCCUAGACAUAAUUAACAGAAACAAACAAUGAUGGAAAACAUCCAGUUGAGAUUAUGCUUGCAUAAACUCUAAUUUGCACAGUGCCCAGCUACUCCUUGUGCAAAAUAAUUGCUUUAUGCAGCUGUAAUUGAUAACCUGUGAAGACAGCACAUCAUCUAAACCCCAUUCCAAAUAAUCUUUCUGUGUAGUGUUAGCUGUGAAUUUACCUUGUACAGCUCUAUCACUAUAAAUAUAAUUCCAUGUAUUAAUAGUCACAGAAAGGCUGUAAGUGAGCAACUAUUUUUAUGAAACGCACCACUAUGGAUAAAUUAACUUUUACAGAAAUCUUGUUUACUGUAUGAUAUUCUAAACCACUCAAAUAAAAUAUAUAUCCAAGAAUCUUUUUUCCCAACUGUU